AUUGAAAAAGAUUCUAGAAGUCUCCCUUAUCAUCUCAUAAAACCCUAUUCUUCACUACAACAAACUAAGCAACAACUGAAUUCUUUCUAGGGUUUUAUCAUCCAUCUCCUUCAGUUCUUCAGCUCCAUUUUCCGACAGAAAUGGCAACUUCUCAGUUAACAGCCUCAUCAGUUUCAGUUUCCGCAAGAAACUUGUCGUCCUUCGAAGGGCUAAGACCUUCGAGUGUUAAGCUUGCUUCGUUGAGGUCCGGGGUUAGUCUGUCUCACCGGUCCUUUCGGAGCUUGGUCGUUAAAGCUGCCACUGUUGUUGCUCCAAAGUACACUUCAAUUAAGCCUUUGGGCGAUAGAGUAUUGGUGAAGAUUAAGGUUGCGGAGGAGAAAUCUGGCGGUGGGAUCUUACUUCCAACUUCAGCUCAAUCAAAACCUCAGGGAGGUGAGGUGGUGGUUGUUGGAGAGGGGAAGACUAUUGGAAACAACAAACUGGAAAUUUCCGUCAUGCCUGGUAGUCAGGUCAUCUAUUCAAAGUAUGCCGGAACUGAGGUGGAAUUCAAUGGUACAAAUCAUCUUAUAUUGAAGGAGGAUGAUAUUGUCGGUAUCCUUGAGACAGAUGACAUCAAAGAUCUCAAGCCUUUGAAUGAUAGAGUAUUGAUUAAGGUUGCUGAGGCUGAGGAAAAAACAGCUGGAGGCUUGUUGCUGACAGAGGCAACCAAAGAGAAACCUUCCGUUGGCACGGUGAUAGCAGUUGGGCCAGGAGCUCCCGAUGAGGAAGGUAACAAGAAACCCCUAUCUGUUUCCCCAGGGAGCACAGUGUUGUACUCAAAAUACGCAGGAAAUGACUUCAAGGGGAGCGAUGGCGUCAACUACAUUGUACUUCGGGCUUCGGAUUUGAUGGCAGUGCUGUCUUAGUAUUGUUGUUGUGGUUUAUAUGUAUCACUGAAUUUUGUGGUUGAGUUGCCUCACAAGGCAUGUGGGUUAGAAGUGUAGCAUUAGAAUGUAAACGAAAUGCUGCUAUUUUUAUUCUGGGUAGUAUUAUAGUCUCUGGGAGAAUGUCUAUUUUUGGAUAUACGAGCAGGUGCCUAAUCAUACCCGAUAAGGGUAAUCCAGCCCCAGCUUGACUA